GUUAUAUUAAUUAUUUUAUAUUUAUCGAGUGUUACCGUUGAUUGUCAAAAUCUCCGGACUAAACGUCAAGGGGUCAAAGGUCGUCCACCAGCGCCUAUUUAUGACACCCAGGAGGACAUUAGUGAUGUGGGCGCUCCUCAGAGGACUAGACCGUCAGUUCCGCGACCACGACCUCAGCCUCAACCUCAGGAGGACGAGGGAGAUGUGAACAGCGCUGAUGGCGAGGCUAACCCCGAGCCUCCCAUAUAUGGAGGAGUAAUGGGAACGCCUGGCGUUGACUUUCCCGGAUACACACAAAUACCCAAAACUGGGUUCACGUGCUCUGGUGUUCCCUUCGAGCCGGGAAUGUACGCCGAUAUGGAGACCCAAUGCCAGGCCUAUCACAUGUGCUUUCAGGGCAGGAAAGAGAGUUUCCUGUGCGGUGUCGGCACUGUCUUCAAUCAGGCCAUACUUGGGUGCGAUUAUUGGCAUUCCGUCGACUGCUCUAAAACUCCUGACUUCUACUCUAUUAACGAAGAAUUAGGUAAAGCCGGAGCCGAACCGGGACCAGGAGGUGCACCACCAGCUUCUGCAGUACAACCGGCUCAACCAUUCAGACCGGCACCAGCUCCAGGACCAGUACCCCGUCCCAGACAGCCAUCACCAGCUGUUUCCCGACCACAACCGCCGCGAAUACCGUCACAACCCGUUCAGACUCAAGAAGAAGACGUGGACUACGAGUCGCCACAAAUACCACAGCCGGCGCCACAGCCCCGACCCAAACAACCCAUCCCACAGCCACCACCGCCUCAAAAACAACCACCGCUGCCGAGACAACCGCCCACUAGACCUCAGCCCCAACCCCCUCGCUAUCAGCCGCCACCGCCCGCCACCAAAGUUCAGCCGGCAAUCUCUCAACGACCUCAACAGCCCUUUAGACCGGCGCCGGUAGUGCCCCAACGACCUCAACCCCAGCCUCCACGCAAAAUACCACAACAAAAGCCAUCCCAACCCCGACAACCAGUUCAGAGACCUCCACCGGCACCUCUGCCACGCCCAGUGCCUCAACCACGACCAGCACCUGUGCCCCGUCCAGUCCCGCAGCCACGACCAGCACCGGCGCCCAGACCUAUAGCUCCCCGACCAUCCGGAAAGACAUCGCCUGCGCGUCCCGUCCGACCCCUACCCCCACCACCGGAACCCCAGCGACCUAUUGUGCAGACUAGGGAUGAGGAGCCGGUAGAUGACAGUCAACAGUCGUUUGACUAUUAAAUUUAACUUAAUAUUGUGUCGAAAGUGUUGUCCCACUACUGCCCGCCCCGUCACUCAGCCGACCAGUCAUUCGUAGAUUUUAUAUAUAAUAAUAAUAAUGUGUUUAAUAUUUUCGCAACACUUUGUGUAAUAAUGUAUUUGAAUAUGGAUUCGGUAUAAAACAAAAGUCUUUCAUUCAUUGUAUAUGGAAAGAGAGAGUUGUUUUUGAAG